AUGUACCAGCUGCAAUCGCGAGACUCCGGACACGGGGCUGCUCUUCCGCGCGUGCAGUCAUUGCGGGGCCCCGCUGCAGAACCCGCCUGUGCAGAAGGGCAAGGAGUUGCCAAAGCAGAUCAUCCUCCUCCCGAAGGAUGUGCAGCGCGGGUGGAAGGCCUUCAAGAUGCCAGACGGGCGCAUCUUCGGAGCCCGUCUCCCUGCAGAUGCCCAGCCCGGGAUGCAACUCCUGAUGCGGUGCGGGUGAAGGACACGCUGGAUCGCCUGGAGGGCGCAGGGGACAUACUCUUCAGCCUUGCCAACGACUGCCCCGAAGACCUCCUCUUCGGGGACUCCAAGGAGCUGGACAAGGAGCCAAUGGAGUUCGCACGCAUCGUCUCAGCCGUUGCCUCCGGCAAGGGCGGUGGAAAAGGCAAAGGGAACCCGGCACCAGGACAAGUGCCACCAGGCCAGAUGCCGGGCUAUGGGCAAGCCCCGGGCUAUGGCUGCCCUCCGGGCCCGCUGCCAGGUUAUGGCCAGAUGCCUCAGACUCAGAUGCCCGGCGCCGGCCAGGUGCCAUAUGCCCAGAUGCCGCCUCCCGGCCACAUGCCGCACAUGCCUCCUGGCAUCAUACAGCCAGCCUACACGAAGGCCGCUGCAAACCCACCCUUCGUGGAUGAGUCUAACGCGGGCAGCCGCAUGCCCAACCUUCCGCCCGCUGGAGCGAGCACUCCAACACCUGCCAGUGCUCAAGCGAACUUGGGGAUGCCCAACGUGACCGGACUGAUGGAUAUGGCUGGCAAGGGCGUGAAAAGCCUCUGGCAGCAGGGUGCGGACAGCACGACAAAGCCGUGA